UCUGUCUGUCUGUCUGUCUGUCUGUCUGUCUGCCUGUCUUUAGUUGACUGGGUGUAUCUGAAGGAUGAGAAGGAGAUAAAUUAGUAUGUGAUGAAUGAACAAGGAGUAAUCUACAGAGGAAGUAAUAACUACAUCUUCUCUUUAGCCUGGGACUUUGGACAAUUUGAGGACAACAUGGUGGACAUUUGUUUGAGGAUGUUGGACCGUAACCUCAAACAUGCUAAAGACUAUGCUGACGAUGUCUCCGCUCGCUGUAACCCCAUCUACGUCAGCCGCGUGGUCAGCGCCAUGAUCAACUCUGUGGAUGAUCGUGGGGUCCUGGCGGGAAAUUGGUCACCUCCAUAUGUUGGGGGCCAAAACCCCACUCACUGGAGCGGAAGUUACCCCAUCCUGCGGCAAUGGUACAACCUUGGAUCCCACCCCGUGAAGUUUGGACAGUGCUGGGUGUUCGCCGGGGUCAUGUGCUCAGUGAUGCGCCUGCUGGGCAUCCCCUGCCGCGUGGUCAUCAACUUUAAGUCAGCCCACAACACCAACAGCAAUCUGACCAUUGACGAGUACCACUCCGACUACGGAGUCGCAAAGAAAACAUCCCCAGACAGCAUUUGGAACUUCCACGUGUGGACGGAGGCGUAGAUGAGGCAGCCUGAUCUUGCAAAUAACGGAACAUUUGACGGUUGGCAGAUUCUGGAUCCAACACCACAGGAGAAGAGCAACAGUGGGGAUACUUCCCUUAAUCUCCAGAAACGUUAACAGAAUCAUUACUUUCCCGCUUUGAUAACUUUGUAUUAUUAUAAUUGAACAAUAAAUGCCUACCCGGUUAUAUUUUUAUACCCU